AGAGCCGGCGGUUUUGCGUUUGGCUGACUAUCGGGCCGUUUAGCUUUGGGCUGGAAUUUUGGAAAUAAUCGUGAUGGGCUCAAUUUGUGCCACUGUGGCCCAAAUAAACGAAUUCGGUUUGGUUGAACCAAUAGCGAUUUUGUUACCAUUUCGGUUCGAUUGGCGGCGGCUCCCGGGAGUCAAAUUUUCCACAGCCGUCAGCACUCAGCAAUACAAUUCUACACAUUCGAUUCGACGCCUUGCGGCUUCCUCCCUCUGUCGCAUCCAGAAGAAAGCAGCCAUGGCGGUUUCUUACUCUUCCUUACUGUCGACCUUCUCCGCCGCCGCCGCAUUUUCGGAAACGAAGCCUUCCAUCGGUCCCGUCUCCUCUCAGGCAGUCAGAUUUCCCUCCAUUUCUUCGGUGCGCCCAUUUAUCGUGCCAUUCACAUCCAACUCUCCUGUCGUCCGCAAUCAACGCGCAUCCUUCGUAGCUCCACGCGCCGCCGCCGAGUCUCCCUCGUCGGCCACCACCUCGCCUACCUCCUUCCAUGGCCUCUGCUACGUCGUCGGCGACAACAUCGACACCGACCAGAUCAUCCCCGCCGAGUACCUCACCCUCGUCCCUUCGAACCCCGCCGAAUACGAAAAGCUCGGCUCCUAUGCCCUAAUCGGCCUCCCGGCUUCCUACGAGAAGAGAUUCAUCGAGCCGAACCAGACAAAGACGAAGUACUCCAUCGUGAUUGGUGGAGAGAACUUCGGGUGUGGCUCGUCUCGCGAGCACGCUCCGGUUGCUCUGGGAGCUGCGGGAGUGGCGGCGGUGGUGGCGCAGUCGUACGCGAGGAUCUUCUUCAGGAACUCGGUCGCGACUGGGGAGGUUUAUCCGCUAGAGACUGAGGUUAGGGUUUGCGAAGAGUGCAGGACUGGCGACGUGAUAACGAUUGAGCUGGGAGAGAGCCGAUUGAUCAAUCACACGACCGGAAAGGAGUACAAGUUGCAGCCGAUUGGCGACGCCGGUCCGGUGAUCGAGGCCGGCGGGAUUUUCGCAUAUGCGAGGAAGACUGGGAUGAUUCCGCAGUCUGCUUGAAAUCAAUCUACAGGUAUUUCUUUUAACUCUUUUGAUAUUCCAGCUGAAGUUCUACUCGUUCCAGUUUCAUUUCUUCACAGUUGCAACUUUACUUUACUCCAUGUCCUCUACUUUCAUGUUUAGAGUUCCUAGCUGCUUGAGUAUUUGCCUGGCUGAGUUCCCAAUUGGCAUUGUUAGGUAUUUGAGUAUGGAAUUCGUCGCUGAAAAAACUUAGAAAGUGUGUUCAAAUGCUAGAAAGUCUUUAGCUUUUUUUCCCUCUAGCUUUUUUUCCAAAGACCUCACAGAGUACAGAGUGAGGGACCGUCUGUUAUUGGUUUCAUAGUAGAACUAACCCAACAAUUGUGAUAAUUCGGGCAGAGGAGAUCCUUGCCUAAGAUUGACUGCUUGCUCGAUUUCAGCAAUUAGCUGAAGAUGGAGAUAGAAAGUGACUUUUUUUGUUUGUAAGUGUGUAGUAAGUGUAGUUGAUAGGGAGGUCUUCGGUUGCUUUCGAACAGAGUAGUUCAUUUACGGAUAGUUCGGCUGUAGUGAGACUGCUGCUGCUGUAGAACAUAUUUCUUAGAUGUGUGAAAGUUUCGAUUUUAUGCAACUGAAAUAACAGAAGUGAAUGUAAGAUGUUUAAGGCCAGCAGCCUUGUUUCUGCCAAAUGUUGUGUUUAGUUUCGGCUUAUCAGUACCAGCUCAUACUUCUUUCGGUUGUGAUUUGUGGCUUCCUUGAGUCUGUUCCUGUCUAUUGAAUGUCAGUUAUCCCAUGUUCUUAUCACUAUAAUCUGCACUUAUAUGUUGUAUGUAUUCCAUGUGCAGUGAAGAUUGAUAAAGUCAGUAUUCUUUAAGCCUGGAUCAGAACUUAAUCUUAUCGGCCAGUUGGUUGAGAGAAGUUGGCUGCCUGAUUUAGAAAUCAAUUUACCCAAUCCCCAUUUAUUUUCCGGGAACUAUUAUGGAAAACAGGAUUAUAGAACCAUUGAGUUCAAGUGGGAUGAGUCUUUGAAGAUUAUGCUAUGUCAAUAUGAAAACGUCAAGUUACUUGCCUGAUACUUAAGUUUAGCAUAGUAUUCUAUAUUGCUUGCCGUUACUCAAGUGUGGAUAUCAUUUUACUCCGUCAUCUGAGUUUUGGUUAUUGCUUGCCGUUUUUCUUAUCUUUAGCUUCAUAAUCAAAACCAUGAUGGUUGUGUUCUUAAAAUCUCAUCUCUAUCCUCAUUUUUGCAGUCGUUUGCAGACUGCUGCGAGAUGCAUUUUUCAGGACUUGGUCACUUUCCUAUAUUUCACUAGCUAUGUCGAUAGAAGAACACUGAUCAUUCUGCCUUCCGUUUCGUCUCAAGCUCUAUCUAGGCCAUGGCCGCACCGCGGGUGAAGGAAGGAGUGAAUGGUUGAAGGGCGUUGGUGUUCUAGUACCUACUACCUAGAGUUCCAUUCCUUAUGAUGCUGCAAUUUGUUCCUUCGCACAGGAGAAUUGCCAUAUGUCGUCUAAGAAGAAUAACUUAAAAAGUUGUAGGGUUGGGGUCGUACAUUUUUUGUAUCAGAUGAAUAAUUAUCUUUCUCGGUUGCUGGUUGUUGCUGUUGUUACUAAUGCUUUGUUGUUUAUUGUCAUAUGAUUACGAUAGAAAUCCUUUUAAAACAAAUCAAAUUAUCAAAA